AUCAACAACGGUACCCAAAAACAAAUACUCCCAUUUUCCUCCUAAUUUACAACUACUUCAGUGUUCUUCAGCUGCCAUUAAUUACUCAAAAUUUCUGCUGCUAAAUUCUGGUACUGUAAUGACUUUCCACGCGCGCCACAAUAGCCUCGUCUCAUAUAGAUCUUCAACUCCAUGGUCUUCUGUUAAACCAACCAAAGUCUAUUUCUUUAGCAGAAAAAUCACUGGCCUUGAUCAUCUGAUCUUUAGUCAUCCUUGUAUAAGGAAAAAAGGCCGUGUGAGAAUAUCAGAUCUAGAAAAUGGUAGACUUAGUGUUAGCUACAGGUUCUCAAAUUUACAGAAGCAGUCCAUCAUCCUUAGCAAAUUGAGGAGGCUAGAACGUCUCCGGCCUUUGGCUUCUGCUGAUGAUGGUGUGACAGUCAAUGGAAGUUCUCAGUCAAGAACCAACAGUAAUAUGGAGGAAAUAAGGUACAAACUGAAUCAGUCUCUGCAAGAUGAAGACUACAAUACUGGCUUGGUGCAAUUAUUGCAUGAUGCUGCAAGGGUGUUUGAGUUAGCCAUUAAAGAACAAAGCUCUUUGUCGAAGAUAUCCUGGUUCUCUACUGCCUGGCUUGGAGUGGACAAAAAUGUUUGGGUUAAAGAACUUGCUUAUCAGGCAUCUGUAUUCUCUCUUCUGCUAGCAGCAAGUGAGAUUUCAUCUCGAGGGGAUGGAAGAGACAGAGAUAUCAAUGUAUUUGUGCAGAGGAGCCUUUCAAAACAAUCUUCUCCUUUAGAGAGUGUAAUCAGGGAUAAGUUGUUGGCCAAGCAGCCUGGAGCUUAUGACUGGUUUUGGUCUGAGCAAAUCCCAGCUGCAGUGACCAGUUUUGUGAAUUAUUUUGAGAAAGAGCAGCGUUUUUCCCCGGCCACUGCAGUGUUCAGAAAAGGCAUGACCUCUGAUUCAGGCAGUUCAAGUGACAUAUCUCUUCUCAUGCUAGCUCUUAGUUGCAUUGCAGCCAUCAUGAAACUUGGACCCACAAAAGUUUCUUGUGCUCCAUUCUUUUCCAUUAUUCCUGACAUAACUGGUAGACUGAUGGACAUGAUGGUUGAAUUUAUUCCUGUUCGCCAAGCCUACCAUUCGAUAAAGGAAAUUGGUCUGCAUAGGGAAUUUCUCAUCCAUUUUGGUCCUCGAGCUUCUGCAUGUAUGAUGCAAACUGAAUUGGGUGCUGAAGAGAUUAUGUUUUGGGUAGGUCUAGUACAAAGACAGCUGCAGCGAGCCAUUGAUCGCGAGAAAAUAUGGUCAAGACUCACAACCUCUGAAAGUAUUGAGGUACUUGAGAGGGAUUUGGCCAUAUUUGGGUUCUUCAUUGCUCUUGGAAGAAGCACACAGUCAUUUUUGUUCAGUAAUGGCUUUGAAACCAUGGAUGAUCCACUUCAAGGGUUAAUAAGGCAUCUAAUUGGGGGCAGUGUGCUAUAUUAUCCUCAGCUUUCAGCAAUAAGUUCUUACCAACUGUAUGUGGAGGUUGUCUGUGAAGAGCUGGAUUGGCUUCCUUUUUAUCCAGGCUUCAGCAGUAACUCUAAACGCACAUUUGGACACAAGCAUAUUGAAGGGCCCCCCAAUGCCGAAGCUAUUCCCCUGGUAUUAGAUGUGUGCUCUUACUGGAUAGAGAGCUUUAUAAAGUACAGUAAAUGGCUGGAGAAUCUGUCUAAUGUGAAGGCAGCUAAAUUUCUUUCUAAAGGUCACGAAAAAUUGAAGACAUGCAUGGAAGAGCUAGGAAUUCAAAGGAAUCGUUCACCAGUGGAUAAAGAGUCACAAUCAUUUGAUAAGGAAUUGGAAAAUGUUGAAGUUUCCCUUUUACGUCUCGAAGAAUUGCUUCAGGAGCUGCAUGUAUCAAGAUCCAGUUCUGGUAAGGAGCAUUUAAAAGCUGCCUGUUCAGACCUUGAAAGGAUACGGAGGCUGAAGAAAGAGGCUGAAUUUCUUGAGGUUUCUUUCAGAGCUAAGGCUGCUUCUAUUCAGCAGGGAGAUGUCGAUGGUUCUAGAACUCCAGGUGGUGAGCAGCCACAUUAUUCCAGAGGGAAAGUUGGUGAAAGUUCUGUUAAGAAGAUAGAUAAUCGUAGCGGCAGUUCCGGUGGAUUAUGGGGUUUCUUAAUAGGCCGCCCUAGCAAAUCAUCUGCCCUGAGAUCUUCAACUGCCAAUGACAGUAAUGAUAUGUUUUCUGAACAAGAAACUGCACGUGAAGAAACAGCUAAUUCAGAGUCAAAUGAAAUUCAGCGAUUUGAAAUUUUAAGGAGUGAACUGAUGGAACUUGAGCAACGAGUUCAAAAAAGUGCCGACCACUUUGAAUUUGAAGAGGAUGAAAUUCAGGUGAAAGGUGAUUUGUCCUCUUAUGGAAAUGAUGAUAAAGUGACCAAGUUGGUGCAGAUCGAGAAGAAAGAUGGUCUUAUUGAGAAAUCUCUUGAUAAGCUGAAAGAAACAAGCACGGAUGUCCUGCAAGGAACUCAGCUUCUUGCAAUUGACACUGCUGCUGCUCUGGGACUGCUUAGAAGGGUGUUAAUAGGGGAUGAAUUAACUGAAAAAGAAAAACAGGCCCUUCGAAGAACAUUGACAGAUUUGGCAUCAGUAAUUCCGAUUGGAGUUCUCAUGCUCAUUCCGGUUACCGCAGUUGGUCAUGCUGCUAUGUUGGCUGCAAUUCAGCGCUACGUGCCAUCAUUGAUACCUUCAACAUAUGGACCUGAAAGGCUAGAUCUCUUGAGGCAGCUGCAGAAAGUGAAGGAAAUGGAAGAUGAAGUAAGUGUGAACGAGAACUCUGAGGAAUAAUCGCAACAUAGAGAUCUCCUCCUUUCGUUCUGCAAAGUCAACAUUUUAUAGGAAAUCUCGUUGCUUACAACUCUUGGUAUAUAGAAGGCAUACAUAUUCACUGCCUGCUACUCCAGGCAAGGAAGGACCAUAUUAUGAGUCCUAGGUGACGUCCCUUUCAAAAACGGUCUGAAUAUUCGAUGUUUGUAAACUGAGGCAUCGUUGUUUGUACUUUGUUGUAUGGCUAUCUUGUAUAUUAGUACUAUUCUUUUGUUCUCUCCCUGUACCACGACCUUGUAUAGCAUGUUUGUAUGAUUUUUGUUCU